AUGCCUGGGCUGAUAGAGUGGGUUAUUGUUACUACCUUAGCCUCGAUAUGGGCUGAGAUGAGGGAGUAUAAAGUUCAUAUUGAGGGCCACAAGUUUGCAUUGGAUGCCCUUGUUGAGAGAGUUGUGAAGUCUGAGAAGAGUCACGGUGCUACAAAUGCUUUGACAGUCUUGAAGGCUGAUAUUGUUGGGCUGCGUAAAGAUGUGGACGAAAUGAAGUCCACUAAUUUAUCCAUGUUCUUUGGUACUGUGGAGAUUCGAGAGAUGUCGAGUGCUGAUGUUCCGGGCAGUUCUGAGAUCCCAUCGGCUACUACGAUUGGAGAUGAUACUAAGGCCGAUAAUGUCGACACUGAGUACGAGGCAGAGACAAAUGAGGAGCAACUCAGUGUUUAA